AUGGCGUCUGAUGGAGAAAUUUCGUGUACGAAUGAUCCUAAUUUCGCCGUUAUCUACUCAUUCUUAAAAGUUUUCGGUAAAUUGUAUAGUUUAGAAGUACCUACGAUAGCUAAAUUGCAAGAGUUGAUAGAAAACACGCAGGAAGUGUUAGAUCCUUUAAAAGAGCUUCACUUGAGGUUAUUGCGUCGGGCCCUGAAAUCGGUACAGAGCAACAGAUGGGAGAGGAGUCUCAUCAAAUUUUGUCACCAACAGUCUUACCAUCAAGAAGCUUGGGAAAUAGAAAGAUUUUCUUACAAGAAAGCUAGUGUUCAAGUGAAAUUGCGAAUAUUGAAACUACUGCUAGAAUAUCAAUUUACAUGUCACCCAAAGUUCAAAACAGCAGUUAAUGCAAUAUCUUGUGAUGAGUUAAGGUUAGAUCCAUUAGGAAGGGAUAAAAAUGGUUGUGUCUAUUGGUUGCAAGUUGACCAUGAGGCUAAUCUGUGUUUGUUUAAAGAAGAUCAGGAUGAAGAGACUUGGCAAUUAAUAGCAAGCAAUAGAGAGGAAUUAGUGAAAAUUAUUGGGCAGCUAAAGAGUGGUGAAGAGGUGACACCUGUAGCUUCUAACAACAAAGAAGAAGAUUCAAGUAGUGCCGAAAUACCCCCACAAGUAGAUGUAAAACAACCUUGUGAAUCUGAAGUAGAAGAAGAUAAUGAAGAAGAGUUCCUAAGUCCAGAAUCUGAGUCUGACCAUGAAAGUGAUGAUCAAAAAGAACAAAAUAAAGUAGAUAAAACUCCAGAUGAUAAACCUGAAGAAAUAGUAGAGAAAAAAGAAACUGUAAAUAAUGUAGAAAGUAUUGAAGAAAAAGUAGUAGAAAAUAAGAAUAUUGUAAAAGACAUUAAAAGUAGUGAUAUUAAUGUUGAAAAGCAAGCCGAGGAAUCUGUAACUGUUGAAGAAGAGUCCAAAACUGUAAAUGAGGAAUCUGAGUUUGUUAGCGAAGCAAUAGAGGAACCUGUUAUGGUUGUAACUGGGGAAGGCAGUGGUGCAGAUUGUGAAAGCGCUUAUUUUUACGGUGAAGAAAUAUCUGAACCGGUAAUGUAUUUUUAUGGUGAAGGUUAUGGGGUCGAAAAUGAUACCGGAAACCCUGACGCCAUUCAAGAAGCCCAUACUGAUGAAAAAAGUGAUGAAGAAAAUCCUCCUGAGGAAUGUAACGGUGAAAACCACGAUGUGUCAAAUUCUACACAAAAAGCUAAAUUAAGUAAAAGUAUUAAGUUAAAAAAUAAAUCAGUAACUAAGAGGUCUUUAAAGAAACAGUCUAAUGAUGGUACAGAAAAUAUCAAAUCAGACUGUAAGAAACACUGUAUACGGGACUUAGAUAAAUCUAAUGGUUCUAACUCUAAUUCUGUUCAUGAAAAAGAUUCAAAACAAGAAAGCAGUAUUAAUGACAAAAACACAACUAACUGUGAAAAUGUAAAUAAAACCAAAAAAAAAGUGAGAAAUAGAAUAAAGAAAAAGCAAAUUUUACGCAAACUUAAAAAGGAUCCUUCUAAAGAAGCUUUAAAUUCUGUAUCAGAAUCAGAAAGUUGUCAAAAUAAUAAAGCCAGUAUUAUUGAAAAGAGAAAAAGCAGUCUCUCAUCAGAACAAGAUGAAGAAAACAGUGAUAUUGAGAAAGAAGAGAGUCUAGAUAAAAAAGUUAAAGCAGAAGAUGAUCUGCCUCCCAAAAAAUUACGCCUAGAACCCUCUCCCGAAUUAGAAGAAUCACAUUCCAAAGACACUAAUGACAAUAAAGAUGAUGCCAAUUCAAAUGAAAACAAUGAAAAUGACAAUUCAAAUACAAAUGUACAAAAUGAUACUAUAUCAAACAGAAAGAAAAUAAAAGCUAAAAAAGGCAAAUUUAAAGCUAAAAAAAUUCUACAAAAACCUGAAAAUGAAUCCACUAAUGAUAAAGAUGAAGUUAAAAAGGAAAGUAAAGCAGUUAAGCGUUCAUUGUUGAAUUCAAACGCGAGUGAUAAGAACAAUGAAUCUCAUAGUGAAAGUGAGGAAGAGGAACCAAUAGCUAGUGGGAAGCGGUUGAAAAUCAAACCUAAGAAAAUUAUGACUUCUACUAGGAAAAAGGUUGAAGCUAAACACAUGGCAAAAAGUUCGAGUGAAUCUGAAGAAGAAACUCUAAACAAUUUAGGUAAAAGAUCUCCAAAAAAGCUAAUAAAGAAGAAGCCCAAAGCCAAGACACAGGACAAGGAUAAGGACAAGGACGGGUCCGCGUCAGGCGAGGACGUGACGCCGGUGCGACAGUCGCGUCGCAUUGCCCAGAUGAAGAUCAAGGAGGAAGCUGAGAGAAGGCACUUGGAGGAGGUGGCCUUGAGGGAGAUGAAGAUGAUACAUAAGAAAAAGAGUAAAGAUGAUGAAGAUGAAUGGAAAGCAAGUGCAAGCAGCUCAGAUUCAGAAGCUAAAAAACCCAAAAAGGUAAAGAAGUGGCGAGCCUCCGACUCCACCGGGCCCGACCAGGACUCGGACUCUGAAGAACCAUUGUUUGAACACGAUGAGCCUGAUUUGGAUUUCAAUAAGUCUGACCACGAGUUUUCCCCCGAGUCGGACCUGGAAACCGGCGAGCCCGUGGAGCCGGUUAAGCGCGCCCGCACACUGCAGGAGGUAACAAGCGAGUCCGGGUGCUGCGCGCGCUGCGGCAGCGGGUCGCAGCCGGAGUGGAUCCUGCUGUGCGACGCGUGCGACGCCGGCUACCACGCGUCGUGCCUCACGCCGCUGCUGCUGCGCGUGCCCGACGGCGACUGGUACUGCCCGCCCUGCGACCACGCACGACUAAUAACCGCCCUAGAACAAGAGCUGAGUAAAUACGACGAGCUAUUCGCGACCGUCCAGGCGGAGCGCGAGCGCAAGAAGCUGGAGGAGCCCGAGCCGGCCAGCGAGGGGGACAAGCCGGAGGAGAAGGAGGAACUCUCUGAUAACUCGGGGUCGGGGUCGGAGUGGUCGUCGGACGCGGCGGUGUACCGGCUGCGCGCGCGCCGCGCGCUGCCCGUGUCCUACCGCGCGCAGGAGUACGACCGCCUCAUCAGCUCCGCCAUCAAGGAAGAAUACGUGGAGCCGACAACUAGCGCGGGCAACCAAGGCCGCGGCAAGGACAUCUCCACCAUCAUCGAGGCCGCAGAGGAGGAAAAGCUCAAGGCCGAGCGGGAGGCUAUCGAACAGGGAAAACCAGUAGAAAUGAAGAAAGUGAAGAAGAAGCAACGCAGGAAACCUCGCAAAUUGAACUCUCUGGACGUGCCCUCUGAGGACGACGAUGAAACCGACGAGGAUUUCAAAGAUACUGGCAUGGAGACGUCGUCGGAGGAGAUCUCGUCGUCGGCGGAGCGCGACAGCAGCAGCUCGCACUCGUCCGACUCGCUGCCCAUCCGCCGCGCCUGCAGGCCCGACAAGAAAGACCGUCAAAAGAUAGUUGAAUCGCCAGAACUUAAAAAGAAGAAAAAGGGUGUGUUCGACGACAGCUCGGAGGAAUCGGCUGGCGCCAAGGAGUGGUCGAACAAGUCAAAGUCCAAGUCCAAGUCGCGGUCGCGUCGCUCGGGCGGCGGCGGGGGAGGGGGUGGAGGGGGCCGCAAGCGCGGGCUGACGCAGUACGACGCGGAGGGGCGCGUGGUGCGCGCGCGCGUCACCUACGGCGGCCUCAGCGACGACAACGACUGGUCGCCCAAGCACCGCACGAGGCAGCGCAAGAUCGACUACACCGAGAUGCCCAACACGGAGUCCGAAGAUGAGAUGCACAAAUCAAGCGGCAAGCACAUGCCGGACAGCUCGGACGAGUUCAAAAUAGACGACUCCGACCUCACCUCCGACUCGGACUUGGACCGCAACAAGCGCCGGCGCGAGUUGGGCGAGGACGGGGAAAAGGACGGCGGGGAGGGCAAGGACGGGGACAAGGACAAGGACUCGGGUGACGAGCGACAGCGCGCCCUGUCAGACCUCAUCAGUAAGACCGCAGUGGUGCCGCUCCGGAAGUUACCGGACCACGUGACCAGCACUGUUAGUCUGAAGCCUGGUGAGGUGGAGGCUGCGUUAGGUGGAGAUUCCCAACCUCCAAUGAGCAGUAUUCCGCGGCCACUCCGUGGUAGGGGCAGCCGGGGAGGACGCGGCAGCAGAGGCGGGCGCGGGCGCGGGCGCGGGUCGGUCGGCGCGCAGUCCAGCGACGACGCGCUCGCCAAACUCGUGGGCGUCAAGAUCAAAGAUUUGAAGCCGGAUGGUGCGCUCGGACCUAUACGGCCUAAUCAGGUCGAAAGGGAAAAGAAGAGACAAGAGCGAGAAGCAAAACUAGCGGAAAAAGAAGCGCGGAAACUCGAACGCUUACAGAAAAAAGAAGAGAAAGAGAAGCUAAAAGAACAAAAGGCUAAAGAGAGAGAAGAGAAACGUUUAGCGCGUCUCGCGUUACAGGAGAGUAAGAGAGUGAAGAAGGAGAAGAAUGAGUUCUCAAUGAGUCCCAUGGGAUACGGCAUGCCCAUGAGGCCCAUGCAGCCUGAGAGGCCCUACGGGAACAGCCCCAUGCCGCGCCAUCCCGGGGACUACCAGGAGCAACGGUUCCCGGUUACACCUAGGUUGCAGGUGCGGGCCGAGCUGCGCGGCAUCGCCAUGGCGGAGGGGCGUGGCGUGGCGGGGGGUGCGGGGGGCCCCGGGGGCGAGGGCACGCUGUCGGUGGCGGGGUCGCCGCAGCCGUACAAGCCGGUGGCGGAGGAGCCCAGCGUCAUCACGCGCAUGCCGCACAUGAUCAACCAGUACAGAGGCUCCAUGAUGUAUUCGGGCGGCAACCCUGCGUACGCGGCGCGCGGCCAGCCCGUGCCCAUGUACCAGAUGCACCUGAACCAGGGCGUGCGCCAGUACCCGCCGCAGUACUACCCGCACCUGCAGGGCAUGCCCUAUCCCGCGCGCGCCGCCUCCUCGCCCGGCCCGCCCGCCCACGGCCCGCCCAUGCUCUCUCACGGGCCCGGCAACGGCCCGCACGGGCCCCCGCUGGGCAUGCACCGGCCACCUGGACCGAGCCCGCACCACCCGCCCCCCUCCUCUCCUCACGGUCCGCCACCCAGUCUCCCACAUCGACCCCCCGUCUCUUCGCCACAUGGACCACCGUCCUCGUCUCCCCAAGCGAUGCCCUAUGGACCAGUACACAGGCCUCACGGGCCUCCAGGACCUCACGGGCCUCCUGGAUCUCACGGGCCUCCUGGAUCUCACGGGCCUCCGGGAUCUCACGGGCCUCCGGGAUCUCACGGGCCUCCGGGAUCUCAUGGCCCUCCAGGACCUCAAGGGCCGCAUGGCCAACCACUUGGAGUACUUCGGUCGACUCAUCCUGGAAGGCCGGAUAUGUCUCACGUACCUUCGGCUAUGGGCGCUCACGGGCCUCCAGGAGCGCCCCCCCACGGGCCCCCCGGCAUGCACCACGUUCCGAUGCGUUCACUCGGCCCAAACAUACCGCACGGCCCGCCCGUGUCGAGCCCGCACCACCCCAACGCGAUGUUGCGUGGGCCUGCGCCCGGUCUCCUCACCGGCCUGCGUCCCGCGCCGCCCACCCCGCCCGUGCGCACGCCCACGCCGGGCCCGCCCUCCGUCUCACCGACCCCCGCCCCUGGCCCGCCCGGGCAGAAGUCCCCCGCGCCCAACACUGAAGCCGAAAGCGAACCUCCAAUAAAAAUUAAAGCGGAAGUCAAAACGGAGCCCGAGUACCAGUCGCCGCCCGUGUCGCCCGCCGGCCGGGGCUCGCCUGAGCCGCCGCGCAUACAUCCCAAGAUAAAGCACACGGAGAACAAGGACGGGCGGCCGCGAUACCCGCUGGGCCCCUACGCGCCGCAGUACGGUCCCUACGGGCCCUACGCGCCGCCCGCGCCACCCGACGCGCUGCUGUCGCUGCAGGCGCGUCUGCACGCUGCGCCGCCCGCCGCCGCCCGCGCCGCGGCGCGCCCGCCCGCCCCGGGCCGAUCGCCCAUGCAGGAGAUGCUGCGGUUCGCGGCACCCGACCGACUCCCCAUGCAGGACUUGUCGAGGCCCCCCGGCGCCGAUCGGAUCAUGAUGCCGGAUAUUCCGCGGCCGCCGGGGCCCGGCGCGGAGCGGCCGCUGAUGCACGACAUAUUGCGACCGCCGGGCGCCGACCUGCCGCCGCACUACCCGUACAUGCGCGCGCCGCGGCCCUACUUGCCGCUGCUGCGCGCGCCGCCCUACGCGCCCGCCCCCGCGCCGCCGCCCGCCCAGCCGCCCUCGCCGCGCCUGCUCGCCGCCGACGACAAGGAGGACUCUGCGGACUCCGCGGAUGCCGGGCACCGCGCAAGUCCGCCCGACGUUAAGCCGCAGUUCCUGAAGGCGCCGCCGCCCGCGCACAUCAAGACAGAGGGCGCGGGGGGCCCGGCGGAGGGCGAGGGCGAGGGCAGCGUGUUCGGGGGCCUCGUGAGCUACUUCUCAAGCCAGCGCGAGGACGAGCUGGACGCG